CCCAGCGGCCAUUUCGACUUCAGCAGCCGAUUCCCAGUCCCUUUGGAGACGUGAGGACCCCUGAGGCGAUGGAGCUUUGGGGUCGCGAACCCGCAGGAGGGGGCGGGCCUCCCGGCUGGGGCCUCCAACCCUUGGAAGGCCUUUGACUUCCCCGAACUUCGCUGCGCUCCCGCUCCGAGUUUAGACCAAGCCGAGAGUUAGCGGAAGCGCUGGGUGGAGCGUCCGCGCAGAAAGGCCCUGCUCCUCUGGAGGGUCUCCAAAGUCACCCCGUCCGUCUGCUGCUAUUGGGGUGGCCACCCCUUUCCCGGACCGCGGCGCUUCCAGCUGGCGAAGGGGGUUUCCGUGUGUUCCCUAGUCCUGAUUUGGAGGCAGCGAGGAUCGCGGAGCCGAGAUAGCGGGAAGGGGCCCGGCCCGCCUUCUCCCGCCCGCCCCGGGCAGCCCCUGGCUUUGACCCCGCCUUCUCGCCUAACUCCGGGGCUGGUCCAGGCGCUGCGCACUCGGGAUCCAGAGGCGCGGCCGGCCGAGCACCGUCCAUGGCUGCGCUGGGCUGCACGAGGCUGCGCUGGGCGCUGCUGGGGACGCGGGUGGCGGGUCGUGGCCUCCGCCCUCCGGGGGCAAGGACCAAGGCCGCGCUGCCCGCUGCGCUCCCCGCGGCCGAGGCAGCCAGCCCUCCCGGAGACGGGCCUGGCGACCGGCGGCUGCGAAGCCCGGAGGAGCUUCCAGGGCCCGGGCAGCUGCGCUUCCUUUUCCAGCUGUUGGUGCAAGGCUAUGCGCUGCAGCUGCACCGGCUCCAGGUGCUGUACAAGGCCAAGUAUGGGCCCAUGUGGAUAGCCAAUAGAGAUCCUCACAUCCACGUGAACCUGGCCAGUGCCCCGCUCCUGGAGCAAGUGAUGCGGCAGGAGGGCAAGUACCCGAUGCGGCACGACAUGGUGCAGUGGAAGGAGCACCGGGACCAGCGGGGCCUGGCCUAUGGGCCCUUCACCACGGAAGGGCACGACUGGUCCAGGCUGCGCCAAGCUCUGAACCAGCGGUUGCUGAAACCAGCUGAGGCCGCGCUCUACACAGAUGCUCUGAACGAGGUGGCCGACGACUUUCUGGCUCGACUGGACCAGCUGCGGGCACAGAGCCCCUCAGGGGACCAGGUGUCCGACAUGGCUCAGCUCCUCUACCAUGUUGCCUUGGAAGCUAUUUGCUACAUCCUGUUCGAGAAGCGUGUCGGCUGCCUGGAGGCUCCCAUCCCUGAGGACACUGCAGCCUUCAUCAAGUCUGUCGAGCUCAUGUUCCAGAACUCAAUCUAUGACACCUUCCUCCCCAAGUGGACCCGUCCCCUGCUGCCCUUCUGGAGGCGAUACCUGCACGGCUGGGACGCCAUCUUCUCCUUCGGGAAGAAGCUGAUUGAUGAGAAAGUCAAGGAGGUGGAGGCCCAGCUGCAGGCAGGAGGGCCAGAUGGGGUGCAGGUGUCUGGCUACCUGCACUUCCUGCUGACCAGCGGACAGCUCAGUCCUCGGGAGGCCAUGGGGAGCCUGCCCGAGCUGCUCAUGGCCGGAGUGGACACGACGUCCAACACGCUGACGUGGGCCCUGUACCACCUGUCCAGGAGCCCAGAGGUGCAGGCGGCCCUGCACGAGGAGGUGGUGGGGGUGGUGCCCGCCGGGCAGGUGCCCCGGCACCAGGACUUUGCCCACAUGCCCCUGCUCAAGGCCGUGCUGAAGGAGACCCUGCGCCUCUAUCCCGUUGUUCCCACAAACUCCCGGGUCAUCGUGGAAAAGGAAAUUGAAGUUGGCGGCUUCCUGUUCCCCAAGAACACCCAGUUUGUGCUUUGCCACUACGUGGUCUCCCGGGACCCCCACACCUUCCCAGAGCCGGAGAGCUUCCAGCCCCACCGCUGGCUGAGGAAGAGCCGGCCGGGUGCCGUCGGGGUCCAGCACCCUUUCGGCUCACUGCCCUUUGGCUACGGGGUCCGGGCCUGCCUGGGCCGCAGGAUUGCUGAGCUGGAGAUGCAGCUGCUGCUGGCAAGGCUGAUCCAGCAGUACAAGGUGGUCCUAGCCCCUGAGACGGGGGAGUUGCGGAGUGUUGCCCGCGUUGUCCUGGUUCCCCACAAGAAAGUGGGCCUGCGCUUUCUGCAGAGACACAGCUGAGCUGGGCCCCUGCCUUCCUGGGGCUUGUCCCAGAGGUUCUGGCCCUGGUUCUGGCCAUGGUUGGGUCUCACCUGGAGAGGGGAAGGGGGCUGCCAUCCUGAGAGGUGGAGGAGCUUUGUACACCUUCCAUAGAACCCUGGAGUUUGCCACUUUUGUCUGCUUUGAGUAUCUCCCUUUGUGAUAAAAGACCCUGCCCUGGUCAGCAUUGCUUCCUUGCAAAAAAUGCAGAAUAAAGUAUUUUUCAUGGUGAAA